AUGUCGGAGGGAUACGCCCCCACCACACCUUUGGAUUCAGAUCAUGAAGGAGCUGGAGAACCUCCCGAUGAAGAACCACCCUCAGGUUCCGCUGGACCUGCUGGUACCACUGCUGUUCCUGGUUUGGCUUCCAAGGCAAUGGCGAGACCGACUUCCUCUACUUCGACUCCUGGACAUCGACAUCAAGCACUUCCUCCUGAAGAUCGACGAGAAGCUCUCGCACCUGGAGAAGAAGUACCAGAUCUACCAGUAUCACCAACGGUGCAAAGCGUGAUGGAGCCUGAACCGCUGGAAGAACCUGUUGUGCCUUCCCUGACGGAGUCACAUCUUCCAGUACCACCUGAUCAACAACGACUGUAUCAAGCUCCUGCUGGCGGAGAAACCUUUGCUGCUCAACGAAGCCGAUAUGAACAGCAGGAAUCCCUGCUCUUCAAGAAGCCUUCUGGCUAUGGGCCUGCGAGAAAUGCGCCUGAGAACAGGCCAACGCCCUACUCAGAGAGACCAGUUGGAGAGAACUCCAAAGAAACUUUUGAGUUUGCCUGCGAUGUGGAUGUUGUCCCAAAGGGCAUGGCUGAAGUCGAAAACUUCCAAGAAGCGAGUAGACCAGCCCUAGUGGAUGCAGGUGUCGAAACUGACAUCCGGAUGGGUGAUUUCGUGACCCAGAUGGAGUAUGUGCAAUUGGUGGAUAGCAUUGAAGCUACGCACAUUCCUCGAGAAGAACACCAGAGGAUGUUGGACGACCAAGAGACCAACUCCCGACUGAAUGCACACCACCGAGUUCAACAUCCCAUCUACUUCACCCAACACGGCAGAUGCUGGCAUGCAGAUUACUUCUGCGUCAGAAGCCAAGCAUCGACAAGAAUCCACCAGCGUGAGUUCUGUACCCGCUGCUGCCAGACUUUGGGCACUGCGAUGGCACCGCAGGACUGGGAGCGCGACCUUUGA